AUGGUGCUCCCGGCGGCGGCCAGGGCGGUGCAGUGGGUGGUGUCGCAGCGGCGAGCGGACUGGGGCUGGGGCUCCGACACCGCCCACACCGUGCUCGCCCUUAGACUCGCCAACGCCACCUGGUUCGCGCCGGAGAACCUCGAGGCGCAGCUGGUCAUGAAGCAGCUGCAGAUGGAGCUGGUGCUGCGCCUGUGGAAGCACAAGGAGCUCCCCCUCUCCGCUGGCCACCUCGCCGUCAACGUCAUGGCCUUGGUGGCUCUUUGCAAGGACCCCCGGGCCUUCUACUCCAAGGACCUCGUCGCCAUGGUGGAGCACCAGGAGGGGGAGGUGGACUUCGAGGUGGCGUUCGCGCAGCUGGCAACGUGCACGGCCGGCCACCACGUCAGGAAGUCCCGGAUCAGGAAGCUGCUGGACAUCAUCUCCGACCAGAACAAGAUCCACUCAGUCGACACGCUGUCGGUGGUGAUCAUGGCUCUGCACUGCGCCCAGCACCAGCGUCGCCACGACCUCCGCCGCUUCAUCGACCAGGCGAUGGCAACGCUGCUGCACCAACAGGAGCCCGACGGAGCCUUCAACUCCAACCUGCACUCCACCGCCCUCGCCCUGCAGGCGAUGAUGGCGAGCCAGCUGGCGGGCUCCUGGAACGCCACCCGCGCCCAGGAGUACAUCAUGUCCCACCAGCGCCCCGACGGGUCCUUCGGCGGCCUCUUCGACACCAACGCCGUCCUGCCGCUGCUCGGGGGACGCACCCUGCUCGACGUGGCCAUUCGACGCUGCCCGAGGGUCGAGGAGGACGCCGUCGACCAGGAGGACGCGCAGGUUGACAACUUCGACGCCCCCGACGGAGAGCCGCCCGUGCCCACCGAGAAUCCCGAUCAGCCCACGCCCACGCCCGCAGCGGAGGUCAUGGCCAACAUCACGUACAUCAUCUGGAAAGGAAACAACGCCACGGAGAACUUCAACCUGACCUUCAGCGUGCCUGUGAACACGUCCUUCCUCACAGUCAUGAAGAUGGCAGCCGAGCAGGACGAGCGCUUUGUGUUCUCGGCGUCCCACUGGGGGAACGGCUUCUACAUCCACACGCUGUCGGGGGCGAAGGAGCAGAAGCUGGGCUACUGGUUCUGGCUGUUCUACCGCCUCCCGGAGCCGCCGGUGCCUGGCACCAAGCCGGACAACAAAUACGUCGUUGGCACAGGCGUCCAAGAAACUCUGGUGCGAGACAAAGACAUCUUCCUCUUCUGGUUCCACCAAAUCUAG